GGUUCCCCAGAGAAGUCUCUUUCCCUCUCCUCCACGCGCACGCAACAGGUGCAGGGGUGACUGCGUCUGUUUUUCUGACCCACGAGACUCCAGCGAGCCAGCCAAGGCUGCCCUCCGGCAUCGCGUCCUGAUAGACCCCUGUCAGUCAAGAAGAUCACCCAAGAAGAUAUCAAAGUGAUGUUAAAUUUGCUAGAGGAGAGAGAGCGGGACCUGAGUGCAGCAGCUCGCAUAGGCCAGUCCCUGGUGAAACAGAACAGUGUUCUGGUGGAGAAGAACAGCAAGCUGGAAACCAUGCUGGGCGCAGCCAGGGAGGAGAUUUUACACCUUAGACACCAGGUGUCCUUGCGGGAUGACCUCCUUCAGCUCUACUCAGACUCUGAUGAUGAGGAGGAGGAGGAGGAGGAGGAGAGGGAGGAAGGUGAGGAAGAAGAAGAGGAAGAGGAAGAAGAAAAGGAGCAGCAGCAUGAUCAUCCUCAUGAAGCCCCUGAGCAGACACCUCUGACCCAGCCUGAGCUGCUGCACCACUGCCCACAGCUCAAAGCCCUGCAGGAGCAGCUGAGGCUGCUGGAGGAGGAGAACGCGCAGCUGAGAGAGGAGGCCUCUCAACUCGAUACCCUUGAGGAGGAGGAGCAGAUGCUCAUUCUGGAAUGUGUGGAGCAGUUUUCGGAGGCCAGCCAGCAGAUGGCUGAGCUGUCGGAAGUGCUGGUGCUCAGGAUGGAGAACUAUGACCAGCAGCAGAAGGAGGUCACUCAGCUGCGCACCCAGGUCACGAACCUGCAACACCGCUGCCAGCUGUAUGGAGCUGAGACUGCGAAGUUGCAGCGGCAGCUGGCUUUGGAGAAAGAAAUCCAGCUGCAGCUCCAGGACGAGCUGCAGGACCUUUGGGAGAAGUACAUGGAGGGCGAGGGCCUGCUACCUGAGGACCGGGAGGACGCGGAGACACGGUACCGGCAUGCGCCAGGGACCACGGGCACUGUCACUCACUAUACGUACACUGUACCUCUGGAGGCAAUUCCUGAUUUUCAGGAGUCCCUGGCUAAGGAGCUCAGGAAGGCUAUGAAGAACAUUAUCUCAGACCCUAUCUUUUUUGUGGAAAGGUAUGAGAUGCAGAGCGAUGAGGACCAGGAGCAAGAAGAGGGGUCUGAGUCUGAGGAGGGAUCCCUGCUGGCAGAGGAUUUCAUGCCUGGGGAGGAGCGGGGCGCCACAGAAGAGGCAGCGCCAGCCGAGGGGGGGGCGACGGAAGAGGCCGAGGAGGCCGAGGCCUGGGAGGAGGUGGAGCCGGAACUGGACGAGGCCGCUCCGACGAAUGCGACCUCAGCCCCGGAGGCCAGGAGCUCGGGCCCCUCGAACCUGGACAUGAAGUAUGUCCUGCAGCAACUGGCCAACUGGCAGGAUGCCAAUUACCGGCGGCGGCUGAGGCAGAGGAUGUUCCAGAAAGGCUCCCCGACCCUGCAGCAGUGGCAGCAGCAGGCCAAAACAAACAUGGGGGGCGGGAUCGAGGAGCAGCAGCCCAGGCUGCGGACCCAGGACUUUCGGAGGCUGGAGGAGGACAGGGCCAACCACCCUCCCAUGGCCUGGGAGGAAGAGGGGCCUUCUGGGGCCACCCAGGCCACUGGGACAAAGGGCCGCAGUCGGACCGGUCCCCUGGGCUUUGCUGUUUUCCAGCAGCCUGCAGAGGCCCCACAGACAGCCUGAAGCCCCUCCUUCCGCUGCCUGGCCAAGUCCCAACCCCCCCAGACCCUCCUUCCCAUCCUCCGAAA